UAUAGAUCAAUCGCCCACGACUACCUGGAUAGACAUACAUAGACAGCCCUCGACUCAAUGAACAUAGCAUCUCGGCAGAGUAGGAGCAUCAUACGAGUACUCUCCCCAUACAGAACAUUCACCAUGUCAACCAAGACCCAAGAGCCCAAGAUCCGCCGCAUCAGUCCCUUGUCAGAGGACGAAGCGAAAUGGACCACCCUCCAGAAGAUUGAAUGGACGGAUCAAACCGGUAGAGAUCGUGUCUGGGAAGCCGCUGCCCGCAAGACCCGUAAGGAAUCCGGCGUCGAUGCCGUCGCCAUCGGUCCCAUAAUCCGACACCCCAAUCGGCCCGUGUCGACAAUGGUGAUUUUGCAGUACCGACCGCCCGUCGAUGCCAUCUGCGUCGAAUUUCCCGCCGGUCUGAUCGACGAAGGCGAGACGCCCGAACAGGCCGCUAUCCGCGAACUCAAGGAGGAGACAGGCUACGAGGGCAAGGUACUUGAUUGCAGCCCGACGAUCGUAGCGGAUCCGGGGUUGACCAACGCGAACAUGCAGAUGGUCACCAUCGAAGUCAACCUCAAAGAAGGCGACGAAGAACCCGAGCAACACCUCGACGAAGGCGAACACAUCGAACGCGUCGUCGUGCCUCUCGACCAGCUCUACGAGAAAUUGCAAGCGUUUUCGAAGGAAGAGGGCAAAAUUGUCGAUGCGAGGUUGUUCCACUGGGCUAUGGGUCUCCACUGGAGCCAACGCCUGGGUCUCAAGCAAGCAUAGACCAGAGCAGGGAAACGGGAAACAGAAAGAAAGAGAAAGGCUACCGACGCACCUUGAUCCGAGAAAUAGAAAAGAAUCCAUCUGCAAGGAAAAGAGGCGAGAAAAGGCAAUGACGUCCAAACGACACCUUUUCCACCUCCCUCCACUCCCCUCUGCUCCGCCGAUCUCCAUGCAACUUCCAGAUCGAGACUGUAUAUACCCUUUCCCUCUUCAACGCGCCUCUUCGCAUCGUGAUGAACUCUUCGAUUCUCCAGAC